ACGAGUCUCAGCUUCAAUGCUUUGCUCAUGAGAAACAUUGGUCUGCACCGCUGCAGAUUCAUGGUGUUGAGAUAAGGGGUCGAGAGGCUGCAAAGUAGGGCAGAUGUUCAGCAUGUGGCCCUUUACAUCUACUCAACCAAAGGAGGAAGCAUGGGACCCAAUCCCUUCACCGUCACAGGAUUUUGCAACACAUGUCUCUGCGCAGCAGGCCAUCGCAGAGAGCCCGAAUCCCUCAACACAAACAGACACUCCAGGUCUCAUUGGACUGCCGAAUGAACGCCUUGGGAUGCAUCUCAUCCUCCGCGCCCCUGCAGUGAUGCUGACUUCGUUUGGUUGCGGCUUCAUUCUAGGAGCAUCCCACGGUUCAACAAAAGGUGCAAACCGAUACCGGGCCGAAAAUGCGCACCGCUUGCCUACUACACAGACCGGAUGGUUCCUGUAUCAAAAGUCGAAGAAUUAUCACGCCAUGUUUAGCGGGAUGAGAGAAGGCACAAAACUUGGGUCUACAUGCUUGGGAUGGGCGACCCUUUUCAUGAUAACGGAAGAAAUGGUGGAUCUAUCCAGAACGCGGCUUCUGGCUCGACGAGGCGAUGAUGUUGCGACCGGACAUCGGGACGCUGGCAGCACCAUCAUUGCCGCCAUGAGCGUGGCAGGAAUAUACAGUUGGAAGAGGGGGUUGGACCAUUUUGCAACCGUCCACAACGCAAAGAUUGCGCUCAAAUUCUCCAUCAUGUAUGGAGUGGUUCAGGAUGUGGCUGCGACAGUCCGAGGCAGCCCUCCAGCCUAUAUUGCCUGGUUAAGAAAGACGUUUUGGACGAACGAUGCUGCAAAUUUAGGCUGAUACUCCACGCUGCCGGUAUCUUUAUCGGGUCCACGAAUCCCUCCCUGCGAGUAUCUCAACCCUACGGGGUGUACGGCCCUCACGACAUUGAUGGGCAUAUGAAUGCACCUACUAACUCAAGCUGUUGCUGCGUCAGAAUGACUGGCUGGAUUAACAGUGAGAUGUUCUCAUCCAUCGACGAGGCGUACGAGGCGUACGAGGCGCACAUCUGAAAGAGCAGGGACAUAGCUCUAUCGAGACCACGACUAAGUGUCAGCCGAGGCAUGGCCCUAUCUGGAAUGGGAGUAUAGCUUGAGCGGUCUGGACAUUGAGAAUGCCUCAAGUGGAUUUUAGCUGCCGAGCAGCCUGGUGAGCAGGGUGGCCUUGUCGAUCACCCACAUGGUCAUUAGCCGAAGCGCGAGGCUUUCGUAAUUUGAUGGCCCAAAGACUGAAGGAUUCAGAUCUGCUGAGGUGCGGAGGAAGCAGAUCGUGGUUGGGCCACUUCUAUCAAAGUAAGGACGGUUGUGAUUUCGUCUCCAGAUGCCACAACAAGUAUAUAAACGCUGGUAGUUGGUUGCAGAAAGCUGUGCCUGGCCCAUCGCCGCUCUGCAGACCUUGAAACUGGUCCAUCCCGGAGUUGCUGUACACUACCUACCAAAUUGAGACUUGGUCUCUAUCUGCAUGAGGGCUGCAGCUUGCCAUGGCAUGGAUAGCGACGCAAACACAUAUAGCAUCAUAUUCUUAGGUAGGUAGUUAGACUCCUUGACUGCUGA